AUGCCGGGCAGCACUACCAGCAUGGCCACAAUUUAUCACAUUCUCCGAGGGAGAUGUGCCCGGCGGAACAGGGACCACAACAAUGAGAUCUCUUCGCACCACAGAGGACGCAGCAACAGCAGCAGGGACUUCUCAGACCUCCAGGGACGUGGCUCCUUCUUCUGUGGUGGGGAAGGCUCGGUCACCUACAGCCGGGGAGCUUCAUCUAGCCAGCCCAUGCCAACAUCGUCCACCUACAGCAUUGCAGGGGGGUACAGAUACAGUGGUGAUGGAUCUGUUGUAAUAGCCAAUGGUGACAGCGGGGAGACAUCUGGCUGGGGCAUUGCAGGGGGGACAGUCCCAGUCUACGGCACCGGGGGGGGAAUAGGGUGCAGCAGUGAAGACUCAGGCCUGAACACCUUUGGCAGCUCAGGGGGUGGUGGAGGAUCCAGCUGCCACCGUUGGAAAUUGGGCAUCACUGCGGGAGGAGGCUCUGGAUAUGGAUACGAUGCAUCACCAAGAGAAAAGGCCUUAACAACAGGUGGGGGCAGUGGUGGAUCAGGGUACUAUAGCGGAGGACCGGGCUAUGGCAUCAGGGGAUGCUCAGGCCCAGAGCUCAGCUCUGGAGGCGGUGUGUCCCCCCAGGCCAUGCAGCAGAAAUGCCCCGUGGUCGUUCCCGACAUCGAGGCCCACCAGAGCAAGCAGACCAGCCACUGGCUCCCCAGCCAGACGAAGUGA